AUGAGUCCCGAAGCAAGAGCAGAGCUAGCUCGCGUUGCAUCAAACUUUCCCAGAAGCCAUGGAUCGGCCGACUCGGGAGUCAGUGGAAUGGAUAAUAGCAUCCAUCGCAGAGACACGCUGGAAGGCAUCGAGAUCGGAGACCCCGUUCUUGAUCCGAAGAGCGAGAAUUUCGAUCAUUACAAGUGGGCGCGAAUGGUUCUGAAGCUCAUGGAUAAAGAGGGGUUUCCUAGGCCGCCGUCGACGGGUGUUGUUUUUGAAGAUCUGAACGUUUCUGGGUCUGGGUCUGCGUUGCAAUAUCAGAAUAAUGUGGGAUCUGUGGUGUUGGCGCCAUUCCGGCCGCAGGAGUAUCUUAGCUUUAUUCGUUCUGGGCCGGAGAAGCAUAUUUUACGCGAUUUUGAUGGUCUGUUGAGGAGCGGUGAGUUGCUUCUUGUGCUGGGACGACCUGGCAGCGGUUGCUCGACAUUACUCAAGACGUUAUCUGGUGAACUCCACGGCUUGAAACUCCGGGAGAGCUCCGAGAUCCAAUACAAUGGCAUAUCAAUGGAGAGGAUGCACACGGAAUUCAAGGGCGAAGUUCUUUACAACCAAGAAGUCGACAGGCACUUCCCUCACUUAACGGUUGGGCAGACUUUGGAAUUUGCUGCUGCGGCAAGGACUCCGGAGCAUCGGUUGCGUGAUAUUGGCCGGAAGGAGUUCUCGAAACAUAUUACGCAGGUUGCGAUGGCUGUUUUAGGGUUAUCGCAUACGUAUAAUACCAAGGUGGGUGAUGAGUAUAUUAGAGGUGUAUCGGGAGGUGAAAGGAAGCGUGUUAGUAUUGCUGAGAUGGCGUUAUCCGGUGCCCCCCUCGGUGCAUGGGACAACAGCACUCGAGGCCUCGACUCCGCAAGUGCUCUGGAAUUUACAAAAUCCCUACGAGUUGCUGCUAGCCUAGCCGGCACAGCCCACGCCGUCGCCAUCUACCAAGCAUCGCAGGCUAUCUACGAUAUCUUCGACAAAGUAACCGUCUUAUACCAAGGUCGACAAAUCUACUUCGGCCCCUGUGCUCGAGCAGUCGAUUACUUUACCGAAAUGGGCUGGUACCGUCCACCGCGCCAAACAGCGGGUGAUUUCCUAACUGCUGUCACCAACCCCCAGGAACGCCAAGUGCGAGAAGGCAUGGAGGACCGCGUCCCGCGUACUGCUGAUGAGUUUGCGGAGUACUGGAAGAAGAGCCCACAGUAUGAGGCUGUGAAGCAGGAUAUUGCGGAGUAUCGUGAGCAGUUUCCACCGGGAGGGCAGCAAGAGGUGGAUUUUGGGGAGGUCAAGCGGUUCAGGCAGGCGAAGCAUGUGAGGCCGAAGAGUCCGUAUGUUAUUUCGAUUCCGAUGCAGGUUAGGCUUUGUACGAUUCGGGCUUAUCAAAGGAUCUGGAACGACAAGCCCUCGACGUUGACGACGCUUAUUGGUCGUAUUGUCAUGUCAUUGAUCAUCGGUUCGAUAUACUACGGGACUCCAAACGCUUCAGCCGGUUUUCAGAGUAAAGGAGCAGCUCUGUUCUUUGCUGUACUGAUGAACGCCCUCAUCAGUAUCACCGAGAUUAACUCACUUUACGAUCAACGGUCGAUCAUCGAGAAGCAGGCAUCAUAUGCUUUCGUGCAUCCAUUUGCUGAAGCAUUUGGUGGUAUCGUAUCCGAUGUUCCCGUCAAGUUCGUCUCUGCGGUAGUAUUCAACAUUAUUUUUUACUUUCUAGCUGGAUUGCGAUACGAACCAUCUCAAUUCUUCAUCUUCUUCCUAUUCACAUUUAUCAGCACGCUCGCAAUGUCUGGAAUAUUCCGAACACUCGCUGCAUCGACCAAAACUCUCGCCCAAGCGAUGUCCAUGGCCGGUGUCAUAGUGCUAGCCAUCGUGAUAUACACGGGCUUCGUCAUUCCCGUCCCGCAAAUGAGUUCUGUGCCUUGGUUUAGCUGGAUCCGCUUCAUUAACCCAGUCUUCUACACGUUCGAAGCAUUGGUUGCAAACGAAUUUCAUGGGCGAAGGUUUACGUGCUCCGAGUUCAUCCCUGGGUAUGAUAACCUGAGUGGUGACUCCUUCAUAUGCUCUGUCCGGGGCGCUGUUCCCGGAGAAAGGACUGUGUCUGGUGAUGCAUACAUCGAGUCUCAGUACACCUACACAUACGCACACGAAUGGAGAAACUUUGGGAUCCUAAUCGGAUUCUGGAUCUUCUUCAUGGCCACUUACUUGAUAGCCACGGAACUCAACUCCGCAACGACAUCCAAAGCUGAAUUCCUCGUUUUCCGUCGCGGCCACGUCCCGCCUCACCUACGCAACAUUGAUAAACGCCAAGGAGGCGAAAGCCCAACAGAAGCACCCGAAACUCACGAAGAGGAUAAACCAGAAGAAGACACCACAGAUGUAAUCCCGACGCAGAGCAGCAUCUUCACCUGGCGGAACGUCUGCUACGAUAUUACUGUCAAGGGUGGUGAACGCCGGCUUCUGGACAAUGUCUCUGGUUGGGUGAAGCCUGGUACACUCACUGCUUUGAUGGGUGUUUCGGGUGCCGGGAAGACUACUUUGCUCGAUGUCCUGGCUAAGCGGGUGUCUGUUGGUGUUGUUACCGGAGAUAUGCUUGUCGAUGGAAAGCCACUUGAUAAUAGUUUCCAGAGGAAGACGGGGUAUGUUCAGCAGCAAGAUCUCCAUCUUUCGACGACGACUGUGAGGGAAGCGCUGCGCUUCAGCGCGCUCCUUCGCCAGCCUAAGACAGUCUCGAAGAGCGAGAAAUACAAAUAUGUUGAAGAGGUAAUCGAGAUGCUGAGCAUGCAAGAAUUCGCCGAUGCAAUUGUCGGAAGUCCAGGUGAGGGCUUGAACGUGGAACAGCGGAAACUGUUGACCAUUGGAGUAGAGCUCGCUGCGAAGCCUGCGUUGUUGAUCUUUCUUGAUGAGCCAACUAGUGGUCUGGACUCACAGAGUUCGUGGGCCAUCUGCGCGUUUCUGCGAAAACUUGCGGACCAUGGGCAGGCUGUUCUUUCAACGAUUCACCAGCCUAGUGCGUUGUUGUUCCAGGAAUUUGACAGGUUGCUUUUCUUGGCAAAGGGAGGGAGGACUGUGUAUUUCGGUGAUAUCGGGAAGGACUCAAGGACGUUACUCGAUUACUUUGAGAGUAAUGGGGCAAGAGAAUGUGGAUUAUCCGAGAACCCCGCUGAAUACAUCCUCGAAAUCAUCGGAGCAGGUGCCUCCGGAAAAUCAAACCAAGACUGGCCAUCAGUCUGGAAUGAUAGCCAACAAGCCAAAGAAGUUCAAGAUGAGCUUGAUAAAAUCCAUGAAGAGCGGUCUUCAGAAUCUAACGAUGACGGUGCCGUCGAACAGGCGGAAUAUGCCAUGCCCUUUGUUAACCAGUUCUGGCAUGUCACUCACCGUGUGUUCCAGCAGUAUUGGCGCGAGCCAUCCUAUGUUUGGGCGAAGCUUAUUCUGGCCACGGCGUCCUCGCUGUUCAUUGGAUUUACCUUUUUCAAGCCUGAGAGCUCGCUUAUAGGGUUUCAGUCUGUUCUGUUCAGUGCUUUCAUGCUUACGUCUAUCUUCUCAACCUUGGUCCAACAAAUCAUGCCCAAAUUCGUCGUCCAACGCUCCCUUUACGAAGUCCGUGAGAGACCCUCAAAAGCCUACUCCUGGGCCACCUUCCUAAUCGCCAACAUCCUCGUCGAAAUCCCUUACCAAGUCCUCGCAGGAAUCAUCGCCUGGGCAUGCUACUACUACCCCAUCUACGGCGCCAGCCAAGCAAGCCAUCGUCAAGGCCUCAUGCUGCUUUUCGUCGUGCAGUUCUACAUGUUUACUUCGACGUUCGCCUCUCUUGUUAUCGCGGCGCUGCCGGAUGCAGAGACGGGAGGUACCAUUGCUACGCUUAUGUUUAUGUUGACGUUGGUGUUUAACGGUGUGAUGCAGUCGCCGGAUGCGUUGCCUGGGUUUUGGAUUUUCAUGUAUCGUGUUUCGCCGCUGACUUAUCUUAUUGCUGGACUUACGGCGACGGGAUUGCAUAAUCGUAAGAUUGAAUGCGCGAGCGAGGAGUUGAGCGUGUUUAAUCCUCCCUCUGGUAUGACCUGCAACGACUACCUAAGCUCAUACCUGGAUGUUAGCCUCGGUCAGCUAUACAACCCAACCGCCACGCAAAACUGCCAGUUCUGCCAGUUACGGGAUGCGGAUCAGUACCUCGCCGGUAGCAAUAUCGCAUACGGCGACCGCUGGCGCAACUGGGGCAUAGGCUGGGCGUAUAUUGGAUUCAACAUCUUCGGAACUGUGGCGCUGUACUAUAUGUUCCGGGUUAAGCAUUACAAUCCGACGACGCUGGUUAGGUGGGUUAUGGAUGGGGCUAGGGUCGUUUGUAGGGUGUUCAAGAGAAGGUCUGGGAUCACGCCGAAGGGGAAGGAGGCGGAUAAUGGGCGGUUGUAUUAAUCGUGGUAGUUCUAAAGGGGUAUGUAUUUAGUAGGAGUUGUUAGUUAGGCUGUGAUAUAUGGCUUUAAUGGCAUGUGUAUCGGGAU